GUGAGUCGGCUAUAAAAAGAAUUGUGGAAACAAUGGAAAUCGAGAAUUUUGGCCCAAUAGAUGUAAAAAACAAAAUAAAAACUCUAAGGUCGACGUAUGUACAAGAGGUAGCAAAAAUUAAGAAAUCGCAAAGCUCUGGGGCCGGAGCCGAUGAAAUAUAUAUACCAAAAAUGAAGUGGUUUUCAGUUAUGCAUAUGUUUUUACAAACAAUGGAUAAGAGAAGGGUAACAUGCAGUAAUUUGGCUUCAGAAACAUAUAAUGGAUCGAAUACAUUACAAGUAGAAGAUGAAGUUGAAGAGGCAACACACGAAGAAGUACCAUUAGCAGCAGAGGUAAUAAAAGCGAAUGUUAGUGGAGCUAUUAAUGAACCUACUCCAAAACGCCAUAAGGCAGCGAAGUCCAAGAUUAAAGAAGUUGCUGGUUGCAUCAAAGACUUAAAUUCUUUAACGACGUCUAUUCGAGAUCUACAAUCUACGGAAUCAUCUGAAAAUGAAUUCGAUAUUUUCGGGAAGAGCGUAGCUGCACAAUUAAAUAAGUUGCCCCUUUUAGCGGCCGUCACGGCUCAAGCUGAAAUUCAGCAAAUUUUGACUCGUUCCAGAGUGUCAAAUAUAGAAGGUACAAGCACCUCAUUAGGUUCUUCCAGAUGCACCAGUGCAUUUAGUACUUUGCCGAUCCCGGAAUCAGGUGAAACCUUGAUUUCUCCAGAAUCACCCAACACAUCCCUACCACCGGCAGAUAACAAUACAAGCAAUAUUCUUUCCGAAGCAUAUAGAUCUGCUUUUGAUCUAGAUACUGAUAAUUGGGAAGUAUUACUGUCGGUAGUAACCGACGCCAUGGCCUCGGUGGCCUCCGCCGUGCUGAAGCACACGGGAGCCACUACAAGCGGGUACCAGUGGCGAGGGGGCUCUAGGAGUGGCCGAGGUCGUGGCAGGGGAAGGGGGAGGGUAGAAUAG